UGAAUUGUUUUCUUCCCGAGUUUUGAGCUUCGCUUGUUGUCGUCACAGUUGUAUUAGAGUUUAGCAAGAUUUUAGUCGCUAAGUUAAAACUAGUAGAUCUUUUUUAAACAAUGAAGUUAUCGGAUAUUAAAAAGUUAAAAGUGGCGGUGCUGCGUUCCAGACUCGAAGAAGUAGGUUUGGACAGUAGAGGACUGAAGGCUGAGCUGGUAGACAGACUAUGGUCUAAACUACAACAUGAGGUGCUGCCGGUGAGCUGUCCACCGACAACACCGACCGAACCGACCGAACCGACCGAGACAGUGGAGGACUGUGCCCCGUCAUCAACAGACGCGGGUAUCGCUGCACCAUGUUAUGUGCACAGCACCAGGGAGUUUACACACAGCGGUACCCAGACUGAGACCGACACCGGUGUGACUACAGUACAACACGGCACGGAGUUGCUGUCAGAGUCCGUAAACUGCUCCGUGACUGAGCGAAUAGAUGUGGACGAAGAUUUGUCCCCAGAGGAGGAGGAGACGGGCAGAGGGAGAGCUUUCUACGAAUUCAAAGAGGAGAUACGAUACAAGAGAGCCAAAUCACCACAGCCUGCAGUGGACAGAGAGGAGACAGAGAGACAGGAUGAAGAUAAAGUCCGCCUAGAUCCAUAUAAUAGUCACCUCCACUUUGAGGUCAGUUCUGAUGGAUCAUGUGGACAGCCACGGUUCUGGGCUCAGUCCCCUUCACUUUGGUCAGGCUCGAGGCUCACCCAUGGGGUGCUGCAGGGCAGGGUGGGCUUUGAGGUGAGGCUGGAGAAGAUCUUGCCGACCACACAGCUGGACGAUCAGGAGUUCACCGAGUCCUAUGGUGUGAGAGUUGGCUGGUCGGUGGCGGACACCUCUCUGCUGCUGGGUGAGGAUGAGCUCUCCUUUGCUUAUGACGGCAGCAGCAAGAUAGUGUCAGGUGGAAAGAAGGAAGAGUUUGGAGAAAGGUUUUCAGUGGGGGAUAUCAUUGGCUGUUACGCUUCUUUCUCCACAGACGGUGGUGUUCAGCUCUCUUUCCAUAAGAACGGUCGUUUCAUGGGAGUGGCCUUUUCCCUCAAUGCCUCUGUGCUGCAUGGUCGUCCUCUGUUCCCUCACGUUCUCUGUAAGAGCUGUUCAGUCAGGUUCCUCCUUGACCCCACAACUCCUCCCUGGUAUCUGAGCCCUCCAGGUUUUACGCCGCUGGCCGCUCUUACUGCUGAGCAGAGGAUACGCUCUACGCUGGCCCCUAAUUCCAGAGCACAGUGUGAGGUGCUGAUGAUGGUGGGGCUUCCUGGUUCUGGGAAGAGCCACUGGGCCAGGACUCACAUGAAGCAGCAUCCACAGAAACACUACAGGCUGCUGAGCACAGAGGGGCUGCUCGCAUGCAUGAUUAGUGGUGGACAGAGGGACAGCAGGUUACGGCAGGCCUCACAGUCUCUGACUGCUUUAAUUGAGAUGGCUGCUCAGACUCCUGGAAACUAUAUCUUGGACCAGUGCAACAUCUUCUUCUCGGCAAGACGUCACAAACUGCAGCUGUUCGCAGGCUUCAGGAGGCGGGUGCUGGUAGUUUUUCCAUCUGCAGAUGAGUGGAAGAGACGACUGUCCCUACACAAGAUGAGUGAGGAAGAGCACAUCCCACAAACGGCACUGCUCAAACUCCAAGUGAGCUGCAGUCUUCCUGUGCAGCAGACUGACCUGAUGGAGGAGCUGCAAUAUGUGGAGCUGCCUCAGGAACAGGCACAGAUGCUCCUGCAGGAGUACAAAUCCCGUGCAUGCAGACUGCUGCCCCCCGUCCCCAAACAGGACAAGAAACACCCCAGAGUUCACAGGAAAAGACGCCACCCUCUUGGCCGUCCACCAUCACACAGGAUCCACAGGACUGGGAUAAACGGGUGGAACAACAUGUUGUCAUGGACCCAGCACCCAAGAUACUGGAAUGUGGCUUAUCGGGACCAGAGCUACAACUACAACAGAGACUUUGGCUACGUUGGUUAUGGAAAUGACUGCUAGAGAAAAAAAUCCUGCUAUUAUUGCUCAAUCAUCUGUGCAGACCAAGCAAUGCUAGUCAGGGUUGUAGUAUUUAAGAAUGUAAAUGAUAAAAACCUGGUCACUUAAAAAAAAAAUUUUUUUAUUA